CGUUUGUGUUCACCCCAAAUCCCAAUAGCUACAAAAAAAACUCUUAAAAUAUAGAUUUUUGCUAGAAGGCUCGUUUUCAAGUUCUUUUUCGAUGGCUGAAAUUGUUUUAGUAUUGAAUAGAAAAGCCUUUUAUUUGAUGGGGCUAUUUAGUGUUCUGUUACUGACUCAGAAGGGCAAUGCUUAUGAAUUCAAGGUGGGAGGUCCAAAAGGCAGUUGGGCAGCUCCUAGUGAUCCUAAUGCAGCCAACUUCAAUAAGUGGGCAGAGAUGAACAGGUUUCAGAUUGGCGACACCCUGUUCUUUGUUUAUCCUGCUGAUAGAGACUCUGUGCUACACGUAACUAAGGAUGACUACACAAAUUGCAACACGGCUGCACCCCUCGAAAAAUUCUCCGAUGGCCACACAGUGUUCAAGUUUAAUCAAUCAGGGCCAUGUUACUUCAUAAGUGGAGUUGAAGAUAACUGUAAGAAAAAUGAAAAACUGGCAGUAAUUGUGAUGGCAGAUAGAAGCAACCAUUCUUCAAACUCUAACCAAACAAUACCAUCUCCAGCGCCUGCCAGUGAAGUCCCCCCUUCUCCACCUCCCUCAGCAGAGGUGCCACCAUCUCCAGCUCCUGCCGGUGAAGAGUCUCCUUCUCCCCCUCCCUCGGGGGAGGAAAACCCGGCUGCAGCUCCUUCUCACGAAUCUCAUCCUCCUCCUCGAAAUGGUGCUUCUGCUAUUUGCUCAACUGCAGGCUUCAUUGGGGCUUUUGUAGGUUCAUCCCUCUUAUUUUUUUGAACUGAAAAUAUGCAUCCAAAUCGAUUGGCUUUCGUUUCUUUCCCCUUGAAGUUCUUUGGUUUGUUUGUCCAUAAUUUUUCCUUCGUUCUCUUGGUCGAUUCAACCUCAAACCCUACUGAUUGUUGACACUAUUAAGAAAUAAGGGGAUAGCUUUGCAAAGUUUGCAUUGGACACUGCUUCGUUAUGUAUUGUGGAUAGCGUAAAAAUGAAUAAAUAAAGCUCAAAAUAUUUUGUGUGGA